AGCAACCUUCUCGCCCAAACACUUCAUUAUUGCCUCAUUAUUUCCCUACUUUUCACCCACCAUGCACAGCCCAAAGUAUUCUGUACUUCUUCCUACGUACAACGAGCGCCAGAACCUCCCUAUAAUAACAUGGCUCUUGGUGAAAGCGUUCACUGACGCACAGCUGAAAUACGAGAUCAUUGUUAUCGAUGACGCGUCUCCAGAUGGUACUUUGGAAGUGGCCAAACAGUUGCAGAAAGUUUAUGGGGAGGACCAUAUUGUUCUGCGGCCGCGAGCGGGAAAAUUGGGAUUGGGUACCGCAUACGUGCAUGGUAUACAACAUUCGACUGGCGAUUACAUUUUUAUUAUGGAUGCGGAUAUGUCACAUCACCCCAAAUUCAUUCCGGAAUUUGUGAGGUUACAAGCAAAGUACAAUUACGAUGUUGUCACAGGAACAAGAUACCGUAGCGGAGGAGGAGUACAUGGAUGGGACCUCCGUCGGAAACUGACAUCGAGGGUGGCCAACUAUCUGGCUGACGUGCUACUCAAUCCCGGGGUCAGUGAUUUGACGGGCAGUUUUCGACUCUAUAAAACGGAUGUUUUGAAAAACCUCAUUUCAGUGACCAAAUCGAAGGGUUACGUCUUUCAGAUGGAGAUGAUGGUCCGCGCACGUCAGUUCCAUUACUCCAUCGGUGAGGUGCCAAUCACUUUUGUCGAUCGGGUGUACGGAGAGUCGAAACUAGGCGCAGAUGAGAUAGUACAGUAUCUCAAGGGACUGUGGGCCCUCUUUACCGAUGUUUGAAAAGUAUUGCUGCCGAAUUACCGACAUAGGAGCGUUGCCAUGAGAGUUUGGUGCACAGAUUACACAAUGAUCGGUAUUUACAAGAGGGAGAUCAAAACAGUACAUAUAUGUACAGCUAUAUAUACAUAGACAAAUAGCAAUUCACAGACGUUUUGUCCGUUGCUUCAUCCA